GACUCGUCGUGGCCACGUCGAACUUACCAGACGUAACCCUCGAAAUCCAUCGGAUCUGCAAUGAAUCUGCAUCCAGCCCGUUUCCAUGCUAGUGCCAGAUGCUGCCGGCCGCGAAGCCGGCCAGGGCGAUCUGCACGCUACUGUCGCCCGCCAUUUGCGAGAGGUGAGCGACUGCGGAUGGCCUGGGACCAGAUGUUCGUGGUGGGUGGGGGUGGACUUGGAUUGAUUGCUAUGUUGCAGCUGUACAAAGUGGGGUUUCAUUCCUCAGCUGCCGCUCGAGAAUCAAAUAAGAACGGUACCGCCAGGUGCAGGCUGAGACGCUGCCUUUUGUUCAAUUCAAGCAACCAGCAUGGAGUUGGCCGGCGUCAGCCACACCACAAACCGUCCUUCCACAGGUUCCGCGGAGGCACCACGGAGGGCACAAUCAAGACGGGAGUCGUCUGGGCACUUAUGCACAGCCUGUGAUCAGGUAUGAGCACGCCGAACAGAUCCCACCACGCAGUGCCUCACAACGUCGGCAGUGCUAUCGUUGCAAAGUCAAAUGCUCAGGCGAGAAGCCCAUGUGCGAUCGCUGCGCAGCGAAUAAAAGCGCAUGUACUUACAGCACCGGGAAGCCUUUGGGCAAACCAAAGGGCAGCAAGAACAAAGUCCAACGGCGAAAGACGAGUACGCAAGCGCCUAGACAAAACGUUGUCCCAGGUAUCGAUGGCAUCAAUCCGAGCCUCUACGACGACGAGCUGACAACGCAAACGGCAGACAAGGACUUGCUCCCCUCCCCACCAGACUCGCGCAAACGCUCUGCCGACGGGCUCUUGCCACAGCCAAAAAGAACCAUGAGCGAUGGCCCACCUGCAGAAUACGGCACAGAACUAAGCCUUACGUUCCAAGCUUCGAAUAGCAAUACUCCGGAGUUGCAAAGUCUACCGUCUAUGCAAAGUCACGACGCCAUGUCGAUGGUCGGGGAGCCUUUAACCUUUUAUGUCGACUCCAGCAAUCAAGAACAAGGGCUAUCCACAGUGCUAGAGCAACCGACGCCUGGAAAGCUCGACGACGGGUUUCCCUCUGCUGGCCUCAAUCUAGAAAUCGAUGAUUUUAAGUGGUUCACUACGUCUCAAUCCGAGCCCUUUGUGGCGCCCACGCCCACGACAUCGCUAAAUAUUUCUACGCACGCAAACUCCGUCUCGGGCGACAGCAACUCGUAUCAUAGCUUCGCCCCCGUGCUCGAGACCUCUCCCGUGCAAUUGCACAGCUCCACACAAGAUCCACCCGAGCGGAAAGAUCCAGCCACACCAUCAUGUCUCUGCGAUCCAGCCGGUCUUGGGAUUAUAUCUGAGCUUCACACGUUGCAAGUCAACCUCUCGCCCUUGGACUCGGCUCUCCUCUUGGCUAGGCGUGGCCUCAGCACCGUUUCGUCUUAUCUCAUGUGUCCCACAUGCUCCAACCGCUUCGCCACAUCGCCGUCGCUAUUCCUCGCGUGCGUACUGAUCUUGCAGCAAGUAUUCGCGUGUUACGUGACGCUACGUAUGCAGGGCACAAGGAUGCUUGCAAACAGAAAGCGGGCCGACUCACCGCUCGCUGGAGCGUCAAUCUGUAUCGGGGAAUUCGAAGUGGAGGGUGACGAGAGCUGCAACGCCCUUCUAGAUGCCAUUGUGCGAUCCGAGAUCGAACGCGGCAAGAGUGUCAUCGGCACGCUGGAGCAAUGGGCUGGGCGUGUCGGGGACGGCAAAGAUCGGAUAGCGGGCGUGCUGCUGCAGUCAUUACGAGAAGAGAUCGGAGUGGUGAGCUAGACUGCUUCGGUGGCGGCCAUACCCUCGAGGCGUGCCGGCUCUGUUCGUCCACGGCCAAUUCACGGCACGGCACGGUGGACGGCACGGUUUUUACCUUGUGGGGGCUUUACUUUCUGGGUCGCAAAUGUGUUAACAGCAUGCGCAUGGCGGUAGUUUGUCACUCUUUUAGAUACGUGUUACGGCGGCAUUGAGCUUUGUACUUUUGACAUCAGGCCACGACUUGUAUUAAAAAAACCUGCUUCGCGAGCGAGAAGAUCCCCAGCUUAUCUAGCUAUAACAUAACAGCUUCCACGCGAGACGUUUUCGCUUCUGCACAUCGCG